CAGAUUCCUUCCGAUCGUAUCCAACCCGACCACGCGAAUACGAAUCGCCUAUUAUAUGAUCAGUUUCCCUCAAGAAGAAAACCCAGUCGCAAUCGAAUCCUUGACCAAGAAUCCCACACUCGAUAUCCAGUUCGAACCUCGAACAACCAAUUGGUUCGGUUCGCAUCCGGAAGAAAGGGUGCCUUUUUUUACUGUACAUAAUAACAGCUUUACAAAGGGCUCGUUCUUCAAGCAAUCAAAACCAAAAAUCAUCAUGGCCAACACCCCCGAACCAACCAAAGCAUCAUCAUCAUCAUCAUCAAAGCAGAACUCAACUUCAACUCCAACUCCGACCCGAAGACCGCAGGUUCUCGAUGCGCGCGCUCUUCGGGAUUUGAAUCAGCAGCGGAGAACAGCGCCGCGACUACCGACUUCGCCAGAGGAUAUUCGAAAGACGCCGCAGUAUAAAGCGGCUGCGAGGAGAUGGACAUCCACGAUCGUAGCCCUCCCGAUUUUAAUUUAUUCGAGUUAUAUCCUUUAUGAGAGAUCGACCGGGAAACAACAGCAAAAACAUCUCUCCAAGGAGACUCCUUCUUCGUCUACUACUGCCCCUGCUGGUGCUGAAUCAACCUAGGGGGUGAGGUGGAUAGGAAUGAAUUGGACCGCUUUAUUUAAGACCUUGAGUUGAGUUCAGCUUUGUAACUGUAAUAUAGUCAAGUUUGCUUCCUUAGCGCUGUACUUUUAUUUUUAAUUCUGUGCGAGCAUCUCUUGACGUCUCUGGUGAGGGGAUUGCGGAUCAUCUUUUCCCUGAGGGAUGUUGGAAUAGUCUAGUCUAUAGUGCAUGCAUGGGUAUGAACCUAUCAGUUUAUUCCAUAUGUAUUUUAGGACAAGAUACGGUAUGCGUGUAGUUUCUGGGCUAUAUCAAAAUGAGUAGUGUG